AUGGAAGGAAAGCAGCUGAGUGACCCGCUAAACAAGAUAUCACUGAUUAAAGAUGAUCUCAGUAUGGCAAACAUGGAGUCUACCAGCGACUAUGAAAAAACAAUCCAGCGCUUGAAUGAGGAGCUUGGAAAAGCACAGGAUCAGGCCAACACCGAGAGGCACAAAUGCAUGGAGUUAGAGGAAAUCCUCAAUAAAGAGAGAAAAGACAAGAAACAACAAGCUGAAGAAUCGGCGAAACAGAUCAAACAACUUCAAGGUCAGCUGCGGCAGCUCCAAGAUGAAGUGGAUGUCCUCAGAGAGAAGACAGAUGUCUCCUCUGAUUUAUCUGACGAGCUACAAAGUUCACGUGAUGAGGUGAAGUCACUUAAACGUACCCUGGAGGAAGCAUCCGCUGAGCGGGACCGUGACGUCAGCGCAAUCGAGUUUAACCUGGCAACAGUCUCCAAGGAUUUAGAAAAAUGGCGUCAGACUGCCAGUAAAUACGAACGUGAGAUUGAUGACCUGCAGCGGGAUCUCCAACAGCAGGGCAAGCAGUGGCAGAAAACUGCAGAAAUACAAGCCAACGAGCUGCAGUCCAUGCAGGUGGAGUGUAAUGGCCUUCAGAAGGAGUGUUCUAUUCUGAGAUCUGAGAAACAGGAAUUAGUGAAUAAGCAUCAGAAAGAAAAGAGCAGUCUGCAAAGUGAGUGCACUUCCCUUCGGGCAGAAAAAGAGGAACUCAAUAAGAAACAGCAGCAGCUGGAGAAAGAACUUGUCAGCUCUCGUGCCCAGAAUGCAGAGCUGAGCAAUAGCCUGAAAAGCCUUGAGAGCGCACAGCAGGAGCUGGAAAAGAAGUUGGUUGCAGUGGAGCGCCAGCACCAGCAGGAAAGUAGUAAGCUGCAAACCCAACUGGAUGAAGCAUAUAGCCGCGAGAAGACACUGCAGAGAGAGAAUGAGGAGACCAAAACAGAACUGAGUGACCUAAAGGAAGAAUAUGAGAAGGCUGAGCAGGAGAAGCAGUCACUUGUGAAUGAACUGCAGGAGUGCAAAGCCAUCAUGAAGGAGUUACAGGAGAGCGGAACAAAGAAGCCGUGGAUGAUCUGGGGGCCUGUGGUUGCUGUGGCUCUAACAGCUGUGACUGCUGCUGCACUCUUUAAGACCUGA